AUGUUCGCCGCUCUAAGGCCGCAGUGCCUGAACGCUGCGCCCGCCGCUCGCACCUUCACAACCAGCGCAAUCCUCGCCUGGAAAUCACACAAGAACGCACUCGCCGAAGUGCACGCCAACGUACCGCCAUACCCAUACGGACCCGCCCGAUGGUUCAAGCAAUCCGAUAAAGGCCUCUACGGCGGUCAGCGCAUCCAAUUCGGCAACAACGUAUCACGCAAGACCGAGAUCAAGACACGAAGGAGCUGGUACCCCAACAUCAAGCGCAAGGCUCUCUUCUCCAAGGCUUUGAACCGUCGCAUUCGUGUUCGUGUCAGCACCAGAGUCAUGCGCACAAUCGAUAAGGUCGGAGGACUGGACGAGUACCUGUUGGGCGACAAGUCGGCACGCAUCAAGACGCUAGGCAUGGAGGGCUGGAGAUUGCGCUGUAUGAUCAUGGCCACAAAGACGGUACAAGACCGCUUCAAUCAGCAGAGACGCGCGCUGGGUCUGCCCGAGUUGGACUACGAACUUUUGGCUACCGAGCUCAAUCAGCUGCCCGACGAGUUGCUUGAUGCCGAGAUGACAGGCGAGCCUCUUGAGUUUGGAGUCGAGGAGGAGCCAUUCGAAACUGUCGAUGUUCUCGGUGGUAGUGAAGCAGCAACCAGCCCUAGACCAGAGCAAUUCCAACAAAGGGUGGACGAAGCGCUGUCCAAGAACUGGGAGCAGGCAAGAUAG